AUGGACAGAGUAGGGGACGACGAGGAGCCAGGGCCCCACCCGCGGGUGGCAAGCCCGCGUUCCUCUAGGCCAGAACAGACACACAGGGCUGAGGCAGAACUCGCGAGCAGGACCACUCAGGGCGCUCGUCCGCGACACCCCGCCCCACCGGCCCCCACGCCCGAAGACUUAUGCAGUGCGAUGAUACAAGAGAAACUCGACCAACUCCGCCGCGACCGCGACGCACGAGCAAUGGAACUCGCAAGACGGCGGGAUCAAGAUGGCGCCACCACCAGUAACAACGCAUCUUCCGACGACAGCAGAACGUCGAGUCGACCUCCGACGGAACAACACCAUGCCAUGGACUAUCAGGACGACUCCAGCGACUCAGACGCACCAUUCCAGGAAGUCCGACGCCGCCGGACAGGCAAGAAGCGCAAGAAAGCCGAAGAACACACCCCCAUGCAGAUGAAAUCACGAGCUGUACCCACCACAAACUACUAUGCACCACUACAGCAACAGGACGCAGCUACGGAAGACCAACACCAGCCUCAACCUAACGCCUCAACCACUCAGGACACCGCAGCUCCACCACCGCCGAAACCGAGAAUACCGCCGGCAAUCCACGCCUACCAACUGCGACCUCAACCUUCCAGGGAGCCACAACAACCACCACAGCCGUCGUUUGCGGCAACACCGAAGGACUUCCCAUCUCUCCGAACACCCUGGUCGGCCGCAUCGUCCUUAUUUCAAACACCGUCUCAGCAACAACCACCUAGCCAGAAAAACACGGCGCGUCAACGAAUGCAAGACCUCCGCCAGCAACAACAGCAGCAACGAUCCACGGACAACGCCCUCGGGGCGGCGGUGGUGGACGGGGAGGAGGCGGUGGCGUGUGUGGUACGGCGAAAACGGGACGGACGGCCGGCGGAUGUUGAGAGGCGCCGCCCGCGCACGCACGCAGACACACAGAAGGGAAGAGCGAGAAAGGAACAAAUGGAGGGGGCGAAUGUGGAGGUGCGGGGAGGGGGAGGCGGUGGUGUUUGUGGGCAUGUGGUGGGAGAGAAGGGCGGGGGCGGAAGGACAGAGGCGCGAGGCGACAGCCUCAGAGGCGGCCAGCAAAUGCGUGCGGUUGGAUGGAUGGGCGGCCACGGCACGGCACGGCACGGCACCGCACCUGUGCCCAAGGAGGAGACGCUGGCGGCGGGCCACCCUCGGAUGCGGCCGGCCGGGGCUGUGUGCGCCGCUGCAACAACAACGAGAAGACGAGAUGCGGGCAGACGCGUACAGAGAGACGAGCCCGGUCUGCAGCAGGAUGUGUGGCGCGCCGAGUGCAGAGCAGCGCGCGCCGGCUGGGCUGGGUUCGGCUGGGCCCGCCCGGCGGCGGGCCGCGCUGUUGUCGCGGACGUGAGCGCCCCCUGGCGGGUGGUCGGAGGCGGCGCGGUGGACGUGUGGCUGGUUGGCAGUGCACAUUGCGAGUGGCUGGCUGGCUGGCUGGCUGGCUGGCGGGCGGUCGGCGGCGGCGGCGAGAAGAGAGAGGAGGUAUGUGUUGCGGGCGCCUUUGCUGCGCUGCGUCGUUGCGUGCCUGGGCGUGCGCCUGUCGACUGUGUGUGA